UGCCAUUCUUCUCCUUAUUCCUGCAAAAGGUCCAUUAGUUUAUUCUUUUCUGGAGAUGAACAGAUAAAGAUGAGCAGUGAAGUCACCUAUAAAGGAUUUGGAGUACAGUUACCUUAUGUUAUUGGCAACUUACACAUCCAGAAACUAGCUGGAUAUUUCCUGGUCAGGCACCAGUAUGCCUUUACCCUGGCUUGGGAUGGUACAUCUGCAGUGUACAUCAAAAUGGCACCAGAAUACCUGGGCAAAACCCAUGGACUGUGUGGAAACAAUAAUGCUAUUCUUCAGGAUGAUCUGGAAACUAGUUAUGGAAAACUGACAGAUGAUGUAACAGAAUUUGUAGAGAGCUGGCAGGAAAAUCCUCCACAAGGAACACCUGACUGGGAUAAAUCUCUUCUCAGUGAACCACCAUGCCUGACACAAAGCCAUGAAUCUCUGCAGAGGGCAUAUGCUCUGUGUAAUAUCCUGUUACAUCCCCCAUUUAAACAAUGUCAUGAGUAUGUGAGUCCUCUUUCUUUUAUGGCAAGCUGCACAAAUGAUCUCUGCAUGUCAGCAGCUGAUGAUGCAACUUGGUGUCGAGCGCUCACUGAGUAUGCCAGAGCAUGUGCCCAAGCAGGAAAGCCACUCCAUGGAUGGCGUGCGCACUUCCAGCAGUGUGUCAUUACCUGUGCUGACCCCUUGACCUACAGUGAAUGUAUCAACUGCUGCCCCGUUUCGUGUCACCAGCACUCACAGUGCAUUGGCAGUGAGCUUCACUGCAUUGAUGGCUGCUACUGCCCAGAGGGCUUAAUUUAUGAAAAUGAAUUGUGUGUCAAGCCUAUGGACUGUCCUUGUGACUACCAUGGAAGUUUUUUUGAAAUGGGUUCUGUGGUUUAUGAAGAAUGUAAUAACUGUACCUGCAUUGGAGGAAAGUGGAUCUGUACAAAUCUUACAUGUCCAGCUGAAUGCUCAGUUUCAGGAGACACUCACUUCAUGACCUUUGAUGGGCGCAAAUACACUUUCCAAGCCACCUGCCAGUAUGUUCUGGCAAAGAGCCGCACAUCUGGAAUGUUCACCGUAUCCUUGCAAAAUGCUCCUUGUGGACAGAACCAGGAUGGAUCAUGUAUCCAAUCUGUCAGCCUUAUUCUUAAGCAGGACCCCAAGAGGCAAGUGACUCUGACUCAUUCAGGAGAUGUUUUGAUCUAUGACCAGUACAAAAUUAACCUCCCUUAUGCAGAUGAGUUAUUUGAAAUACGGAAACUUUCCUCUGUAUUUCUGCAAGUAAAGACACAGAUUGGAUUACAGAUCCUCUACGACAGAGCAGGACUGAGGCUUUACCUUCAAGUGGAUGAACGCUGGAAGGACGACACUGUGGGCCUGUGUGGAACCUUCAAUGGAAAUACAGAGGAUGAUUUUUUAUCUCCAGUUGGAGUAACAGAAAGCACUCCAGAGCUGUUUGGAAACGCAUGGAAAACUUCAUCGGCGUGCGUUCUUGUGCAUGACAGUUCACAGGUGGAUCCGUGUGAUGUUCAUCUGCAGGCAGCCUCUUACGCAGCGGAAGCUUGUAGCAUCCUUACGAGAGAUCUUUUUGCUCCAUGCUACCCCUAUUUGAGUCCUGUUCCCUAUUUUGAGCAGUGCAGAAGAGACACUUGCAAAUGUGGACAGACUUGUUUAUGCUCUGCUCUGGCCCAUUAUGCUCAUCAUUGCCGAAAGUUUGGAGUUGUAGUAGAUUUCAGAGGAGCUGUCCCGGACUGUGCUCUUUCAUGUGAAGACACAAAGGAGUACAGUACUUGUGUAUCUACCUGUGGCAGAACCUGCCAAGCACUGUCUGUGCCAGAGAAAUGCAGCAGUGAUUGUGUUGAAGGCUGUGCUUGUCCCUCUGGAAUGUAUUUGGAUACCAGGACUGAGCGAUGCCUGCAGAGAAAUGAAUGCCCGUGUUAUUUUCAAGGAAUUGACUAUCCCCCUGGAGAAAAUGUCAUGACAUCUUUAGGCAAAUGCCAUUGCAGGGAUGGCAUAAUGAACUGUGAUAACAACGUAAUAGCACACAGCUGCCCAGUUGGACAGAUUUAUAUUAACUGCAGUAAUCCACAAGUGGAUCCUGAGCUCAGCAGAGAGAGGACUUGUGAGAAUCAGCUGCUAAACCUCACUUUCUCUGCACACCCUCCUUGUGUGUCAGGUUGUGUCUGCCCACCAGGUCUUGUGAAACAUGGGGACACGUGCUUGGAUGCAGAUGAAUGUCCAUGCUUAUGGAAAGGAAAGGAAUAUUUCCCAGGUGACAAAGUAACUUCUUCCUGUCAUACAUGCAUUUGCCAGCACGGAUCGUUUCAGUGCACCUUCCAGCCUUGCCCAUCGAUGUGCACGGCCUAUGGCGACCGGCACUACAGGACCUUCGAUGGACUCACCUUUGACUUUGUUGGAACUUGUAAAGUUUACCUAGUUAAGGGUACUUCUUCAACCAGUCUUUCUGUCAUUGUAGAGAAUAUUGACUGCUUUAAUACUGGAAUCAUUUGCAGAAAAAACAUUUUCAUUAAUGUUGGAAAAUCAUUUUUAGUAUUUGAUGAUGAAACUGGGAAUCCAAGCUUAUCUAGUUACAUAGAUGGCCUACAAAAAAUGCAGUUAUGGAAAGCUGGAUUUUUCACUGUUGUUCAUUUUCCUGAUGAACAUAUCACCAUUCUUUGGGAUCAGAGAACAACAGUUCAUGUGCAGAUGGGUCAUCAGUGGCAGGGAGAAUUGACUGGAUUAUGUGGAAAUUUUGAUUUGAAGACAGUAAAUGAACUGAGGACACCAGAUAAUUUUGAAUUAACAAACUCACAAGAGUUUGGAAACAGUUGGACAGCUGUAGAGUGUGUUGACAGCUCUGACAUUCGAAAUCCAUGCAGCUUGAACCCCCUCAGAGAGCCAUUUGCCAAGAAGGAAUGUGGGAUACUGCUAAGUGAAGCAUUUGAAGCUUGCCACCCAGUGAUUGACGUCACCUGGUUUUACUCCAACUGCUUGACAGAUACUUGUGGCUGUAACCAGGGCGGUGACUGUGAGUGUUUCUGCACGAGUGUCUCAGCCUAUGCCCAUCAGUGCUGCCAGCACGGAGUUGCCGUGGACUGGAGGUCUCCCAGAGUGUGUCCUUAUGAUUGUGAAUAUUUUAACAAAGCUCUGGGAAAAGGUCCAUACAAACUUGUCAGCUAUUUGGAUGGAAAAUUUGUAAUAGCAGCAAAAUUGGUGGAUGGUGUUGUUUUCCCCGUGAAAGAAGAUGAUGUUGUCCCUGGGCACGUAGUGAGCUUUAUGCUGACUUCAGGACUUUAUAAACCCAAAGCACAUGAUUCCAGCUUGAUUUCAUUUGAGACAGCUGAGAGACCAAAUUAUUUUCUUCAGCUGGCCUCCAAUAAUACCCUUGUUGUUUCUAAAUGGAAAAAAUCAGAAGAUUUUCACAACAGAUCUACAUUUGUCAUUCACAAAAAUACGUGGCUUUCUGGGUACAGUUCCUUUGAGUCAUUUGCAAAACCAGGAUAUUUUAUCCACACUUCAGCCUCUUCAGUUGAGCUUUUGAAGUACCAUCAUUCAGAGGAGUUCAGACUGUCAACUCUUUUUAAACUUGUAGAUGUCAAAUUUAAGCUUCUGUCCCGUUCUACGUGUGAGUGGCGUUAUGAUGCCUGCACAAGCCCUUGUUUCAGGACAUGCAGGGACCCUUUGGGAAAAAACUGUCAGACAGUACCAAAAGUGGAAGGUUGCAUCCCUGCGUGUCCUCUCAACAUGUUGCUGGAUGAAAUCACUCAAAGAUGCGUGUAUUUUGAAGACUGCAUUGAACCUGCAGAUGACAGUCCACCUUUGCUUCUUAGCAUUCAGACCCCAGCAGUUCCACUUUUAACACCAAGUGCAAGUUUGGCAAUUAUCAGUGCACAGGUAACUUCAUUUCCUGUACCUGAAGCAAAGGACACAGAAACAACACUUGCUACAAAAUUGCAACUCACUUCAACUACAGAGAAACCAGAAUUUUUGGCUGUUGCAUCAAAUGAAACACUUCCAGCCAUAACUUUAUUGCCAAGUAUUUCUUUGCAGUCGACAGAAGUGACAUCUGGGAGAAGCACUACAGCAAUGACUGGGACAACAGAAUCUAAUGUAAGCUUGUCUGCUUCUGUUGAUGUUUCUCCUGUGUUUCCAUCUACUGUCAGUUCAGAAACUUCCACAAGGAUACAGCUGAUCAGUAGUGACCCCACUAAGCUGCUGAGGGCUACAGAACCUCAGACAGCAACUGCUACAAGUGCAGUGACUACAAGAACAGAAUCAGAGAGCAAACCAAUUGCUACUUCUGUUUUUACUGGGACACCACUUGUACUUAGAACAACAGAAAUGCCAGUUAAAACUAAAGUAAUGGAGUUGUUGGAAAUGGCCACAAGAACACUUCCCACAAAAGAAGCACAAGUAAAACCAGAAGGACUUACAAUGUUUACUCCCAGUUCAUUUGAGUCAGUAACAGAAAAAACUACUGUAUAUGUGCCACAAUUUUCUACAUCACCUCUGGAUGUGCCUUCAUAUACACCACCAGUAAACCUAACAGGAACUUCAGAAGGGACAAAAAUAAGUGUAGAACAGUUUUUUACUGCAGUAGCUAAUGUUACAGUGACAUCAUUUUCUCCUAUACUCACUACUUCAUCUGUGUUAAAGCCAGCGUUUUCAGCAACAACAGAAGCAGCAGCUGUUUUAACCAAACAGACUGUGAAGACUACAUUUUCACCAACAUCCAUGCCACCUAUUUCAUUAGGAAAGACAACUACAGAACCUCCUCUUGGAAUGGUUCAACACCUGACUGGUACUCCAGAGGUUCUUUUCACUACGACUCUAGGUCCAAAGAUGGCAACUCUACAAACCCAAGAGAGAUCAUCAGAAACAACUUUAUCAUUUACAACUCAUAAAAAGGAAAUCCCAAAAAUAACACCUCAUGUGGAGCAUACAUCAAGUUCCUAUUUCCCUCCCUAUUCACCACAUCCUAGUUCUAGUACUGAAAAAUCCUUCAUUCUUUCUACAAAGAGACCUGCAGUGUCUGCUCAUACUCCUGCUUCUCCAGCUUCAGGUGAACUAAAAAAAACAUUUAAAACUGUUUCAACUACAGGAUAUCCCUUACACACAGUUCUAAACACAACCGACUUCCUGACUGCAUCAUACACUAAAUAUCCUGUCAUGGCUGAGACUAUCAGUGUGACACCUUUGUCUGUUAAGGUAACGUCCAAAAUAACAUCUCCUCUUGAAUUAGCAACAAAGUCAACUUUGUUUUCUGGAAAAAUAUCUACUGAGUACAAGUCAGCUCUGGUUUCAAGUACAGUGAAGACAAGCACUCCAGCAUAUUCAGGUAGUGUUGCCACAACUGCAAUUAAAACCAAAGAAAGCACCACAGCUCCUUUUGUAGCUACAGAAAGAGAAUCACCUCAAAGAACAUCCAUCACUGGAUCUCCACAUUCUCUCCUUAGUGUGACUGAAACCACAUUGCUGUCAACACAGCCUGAUGAAUCACAAGUAGAAAGUAUUACUACCAUCUCUACUGGAAAGCAAUCUGCUUUGACUUUUUCACCAUCAAGUUCUCUAAUCUCUUUAAAUGUUUCUCUUUCUUCCCUACCCUCAGAUGGAAAAGAAGCAUCACUGACAACCCCCAGUCCCAUGCACACAACCCCUGGAAUGACCUCUUUAUACCCAAGAACAACUGUAUCAAAAUCUAUGUUAACAACAGAAAAGACCUCUCCAGUCCCAACUUUCUCCAUUUUAUCUAAUAUAUUAGAACAUUCAAGUUCAAUAACAACAGUACCAGAUGAAAAAUCACUAGUGAAUAUCACUGAUGCCACAUUCUCCCCAGCCUCUGAAUUCAGCAGUCAGUUCAUAACAACCAAAAAAAUAAUGUCGAGCAAAGAAAAGUCCUCUCUGUCCCCUUCUGUUGCACUUCCAGUAACAAAGUCUUCUUACGCUUUCUCCACCUCUCUGUAUCUAGGAGAUAAAUUAGUUUCUUCACCUUCUUUAACACAACUGGUACCAGAGUUAACAAAAUAUUCAGUAGAAACUAAAAUGGUUUCUACAGCAUUAAAACCUGCAGUCCAAAGCCUAACAGAAGCAGUGAAACUUACAGCAGCUGGAGCUCAACAGUCCCUGCCUCUAUCUUCAGCAGGCCCCUUCUCCUUGCAGACAUCUUCAGGAGCUAAACUUUCAGUACAGGCCACAAGGACCACUGUUAUACCACCUGAUUCCACUCAGAAGACUACAGAACUUGGUCGUCAGGCCUCUGAACCUUCAUUGACGAGCCAAGUUCACCAGCAUCAUGCAGAAUCUCUAACCAAAUCCCCUGGUCAGCCACAACCUGUCUUCAGCACAACUGAAGCUACAGUAGAAUUGACUUCCUUUUACCCCUUAAAGACCUCACUACCUGAAGGCAUUCAUUCAAGUAUGUUACCUACCUUGGUAGGUCCUACCAAAAUUAUUUUACCAACUCAAAAAUACUUGCAUUUAACUGAUUCAGUCACACAGACACUUGUAUCAAGAACUUCUGUUUUGCAGUCUACGGUCCCAGCUAGAACAACAGCUGACUUGAUUUUUGGCACCAAAUUUCCCCCUUUCUCACCAGAACUGCUUGCCACUUCCUCUUUAACUACAGUUACAAAAGAACCGUCUCCUUUGUUUCCCACGCAAAAGGCAGCUACAGAUCUAAAAUUCACACAUCAGGGCUCCUUUACUAAAUCCCUUGAUUCAAGACAAACACUUGAAGCAUCACUUUCACCAGACUCCGAGUCAACCUCUUCAAUGGUUUUGCUACCAGAAAGGACAGAAAUUCCUGUUGCAUUGGGAUCCACACAAAGGAGAAGUGGUACAGAGAAAACUGUGGUGUCGCCUAAGCUGGUCAUGCCUUCAGCCACCACCUACAGUUCCAUGAUCCUAGCAAGGACAGCCUUGUCGACUGGGGACCAUCCAUCAGUUGCAGCUGCAGCCUCUCCAGCGAUGAGCAGUGCUGGGAAAAACGUCAGUAUUGCAUCAGCAGCUUCAGAGAAAGCAGCAGCAGUAGUCACAGAGCCCAUCUCCAGCUCUCUUUCUGUUACUUCAGAAGCAAAAGGAGCCAUGCCCCUGGACACAGUGAAGUCUGAAGAGUCAGAAUUAGCAACAGGAUUCCAAUCUGUCCUUACUCAGGGUGUUACUGUUACACCUCAGACAUUUUACCCUCCUUAUUUCACAAACACAGCUUCACUUAUGUCCACUGUAUAUUCACCUGCUGAAUCAAAACCACUUUCUUCUAUACCUCCAUCAUCUGUCAGUACUAAACAAACUGCAAAAUUUGAAGUAACAUCUGAGAUACAAACACCUUCUGUGAGUUCAGUGCUAAUGAUAUCUGAUCGUCCAAAGGACACUGCAGCUCCAUCAGUUUCCUCAUUUACUUCUUUAUCUACCAAACCACUUCAUGGCUUUACUACUGCAUUUUCUGAUGGGCUGGCAGUAGCUGAAUCCAUGGCAGGACCUGCAGCAUCACCUUUUAUGUUGUCUCGAGAAACAGCACCUCUUCAAACUUGUACAACAAUCACAGAGAGUGAGUGCAUAAAACACAUUUGUUUGGAUGGACAACUGAUCCAGGUUAAUAAGUCACAGAACUGCCCAUAUAAUGCUACUCAGCCCAGCUGUGGAGUUUUAGGAUUUGCUACUCAAACAAAUGGCGACAAAUGCUGCCCAAAGUGGGAAUGUGCAUGUCGUUGCACCAUUUUCUCUGAUCUGAGUAUUGUAACCUAUGAUGGAAAUCAUUUGGCUUUAUUCAAAGAAGCAUCCUACAUUAGUAAUUCGAGUUCAACUUCUUUGUGCCUGGCAAUGUUGAACCUAACUUACUUAUCAAAUCAAAUUAUUAUCAAUCGUUUAAGCAGAAAAAUAACAGUAAACUCAAGAUCUGCUUGGCCUACUGUUAGAAAAUAUGGAUACAAAGUUGAAGAUUCAGGUUUCAAGUAUGUGGUUGAGACACCAACAAAAAUCAGAAUUCAGUGGUUUCACAACACAGGUGUAAUGAUUAUUGAGUUGAAUAGUACCAGAGAACCAGGAGCUUUGGGACUAUGUGGGUUUUGUGAUAGAAUCUUGGAAAAUGACUUGAUGCUACCCAACAGGACAUUUUUAAGCCAAAGCAGUUCACCCUCAACUUUUAUAGACAGCUGGCAAGUGCCAGACACGUUAAAGUAUGUUGGAGAAGACAGGCAUCAGGAAACUAAUUGCUCAGUCAUGGACUGCUCAGAGUGCUUAAGAAUGGUGUUGAACCAGACCUUCAGCAGCUGUCACCCUUAUGUUCCACCUGAGCAAUUCUGUGAUAUAUGGGCUCGAGACACUGAGUACAUUCUAAAUCCAUGUGUUUCACUAGCUGCCUAUGUGGCAAUGUGCAACAAGUUCAAUAUUUGCAUAGAGUGGAGGAGCUCUGGUUACUGCCCCUUCCCCUGCUCUGAAAACUUCUCCUACCAGCCUUGCAUAGCUGCCUGUGAGGUUCCAGAGAGCUGUCAGAAUAACAAGGUUGCUCCUCUGGACUCAGACUCCUGCUCAGUGCUAACAGAAGGCUGUGUCUGUGCUGGAGGGACCAUCCUUCACCGGACUCAUACUGCUGUCUGUAUUCCUGAAGAAAAAUGUGCUUGUACCGACAGCUCAGGAGCACCUCAUGCCUUGGGUGAGAUCUGGAGAACUUCUUUGAGUGGAUGCUGCAUGCAAAAAUGUGUUGACAGUGAGACCAUUAUUCCAGUGGAGUACAGCUGUUCAGAGAUCCCCAGUUUGGAGUGUCAGCGAUUUGCAGAAGUGGCUUUGCUUGUCCCUGAUGAUCAGACAUGCUGCCCUCAGAAGAUCUGUAUCUGUAAUCAGAGUCUCUGUGAACUCCUAAUCCCCGAGUGCAGCAGCUUGGAAAAGUUGGUCACCUACUACAGUGAAGAAUCCUGUUGUCCCAGCUAUGUUUGUGAAUGUGAUCCAGAAAAAUGUGAACCAUUGGAGCAGAUGCCAAGCUGUCACGAUGAUCAAACACUGAUAGCUGCUCGGGUGGAGAAUACCUGCUGCUUUUCCUAUAUAUGUGCAUGUGGGGCUUGCUCAGAUCAAAUCCCCAGAUGUCAAGAAGGAGAAGUUCUCAUUGUGGAUGGCAACACUACGGAGAGGUGUUGCCCUACAUACCAGUGCAUCUGUGAAAUACAUCGUUGUCCUGAAUUCAAAUGCAUGCUUGGCAUGUCUCUGGUGGAGGUGUGGAGCCCGGAGAAGUGCUGCCCCUUCCAGACUUGUGAAUGUGCAUGUGAAACAAUCCCCAAACCUCAGUGCAAACUGGGGCAGAAACUUGAGAUAGAUGAACUGUUUCAGAACAGUACAGAAAAUGUCUGUAACUGUGUGAAGUACAAAUGUGUGAGAGACAAAGUUUGCCUGAGUAAUGAGAGAGGUGUGCUGCUUCCUGGGCAGAGAAUUGUGGAACACAGUGCAGAUGGAAUUUGCCAUAUUUCCUAUUGUACAAAUGUGAUUGAUCCCUCCACUAAAUACUACAGAAUAAACACAUCUUCAAUAGACUGCACUGUCAAGUGCAAAGCUAACCAAGUCUAUCAGCCUCCAAAAGACUUAACAACUUGCUGUGGUAGCUGCAAGAACUUGUCUUGUCUCCACACUUUCAGCAAUGGCACAGUUACCAGUUUUAAACCUGGUGCUGUUUGGAUCUCAAACUGCAUCAGAUACGAAUGCACCAGCACAGCAAUAGGACCAGUUCUGGUUUCCUCUGCAGUUGGAUGCCCACCCUUUAAUGAAACUGAAUGUGUGAAGGUUGGAGGCUAUGUUGUGCCAUUUUUGGAGGGAUGCUGCAAAACAUGUAAGGAAGAUGGUAAAUUCUGUAAGAAGGUGACUGUUAGGAUGACCAUCCGCAAGAAUGACUGCAGGAGUAACACACCAGUGAACAUCGUUUCUUGUGACGGGAAGUGCCCGUCUGCCAGCAUUUACAACUACAACAUCAACACCUACGCCAGGUUCUGCAAGUGCUGCAGGGAGCUCGGGCUGCAGAGAAGGACUGUGCAGUUGUACUGCACCAGCAAUUCCACCUGGGUCAGCUACUCCAUCCAAGAGCCUACAGAUUGCUCUUGCCAAUGGUCUUAAAAAAAAUAGAAAUAAAACAGCAAGCCCAGAUGUUCACAGCAUAAUUAUGUGAUAGUUUAUCUAUUAAAAAUAUAAUAGCCAAUCCUCUGAAUUUCACUGGUUUACUGCAAAAGACCACGAAUACAUUUGGACUCUCCUCAAUUUCUGAAAAGUGGCUUUGCAUCAUUUGUGUUGUAAUUUGUCUUCAUUUUCAUUCACAGGGGUUGUUUUAGGGGUUCUUGUGGUAUGUGCCAACAUAAAAGGUGAUUUACAUUGGUGACAUCUAAAGAGAGGGGGCACCAUCUGUUUUGUUUUGGAAGGCUGAUCCACUCUUUGUCAAGCCCCUAUUCCAGUUUUACAUCAUUGCCCGACUUACCUGGGGACAGAUCACUGUUUUGAAAAUUGUGAUUGUGCAAGUAUGUUUAGUGUCUAUUAAGAAAAAUUCUUUGGACAACAUGAGAAUAAUUUUCAGUUUAAAUCAUAUUCCUGUUGCUAGAUAAAGCACGUAUAAGAAAUUAAAUUUAGGAUUUAUUAUUUUUUCAGUCAAGGAAAUAUUAUUCAUACUUAUAACUGUAUGUAAUAUUCCCUGGGAAUCAUUUCAGUUUUUCUAGUGUAUUUUAUAUUGUAGUGAAAAGCAUUAUGAUAAGCAUGUGUUUAUGGAACAGAUCUGCUGUCUCUAGGCCAUCUAGAUUAGCCAUUAGGCACUUUAUCUUUCUGCUAAACAAUAUGACAUAAACUGAAAAUGCAGAUUUAAAAAAGGAAAAUCAUUUUAUAUUCCUUUGUAUAGAUAUCACUUAAAUGAAAACUUUCACCUUAUGAAAUGAACUGUACUUAAAUUAUCUCUUUAGGAGAAUGAACAUUGUUUAACGCUGAUUUUAAAGAUGUGAAAGUUCAUUAGGAAAAGAAAAUGAGGAUUAUAUGUUUGCCUCAAAGGAAAAGAACAUUGAAAAUCUUUAUCACCUGUAUAGUAGAUGCAACUUCUUAUGCUAAGUUCUUGAAAUUCAAAAUGUACAAUUGUAAGGUUUGAAAUUUCAAAAGCAAUUUUUUUAUGAACUUGAAAAAUUACAUUUUCUUUUGUAAUGAGCUGAUUUUUUUGUUUCUGAGCUAAUGUUAUAUUUUGUUCUCCUUCAACAAAUGCCACUGACAUUAAGCAAAAAAUUCAGUACCUUUUGUUUUGUAGAUUAAAAUCAUAAAUAGCAUGCAGUGAUAUGCUUGAGAUGUGCAAGAAUAAAUAGAUCUCAGUAUACCCUCUUUGGAAGCUGCUUCUCUACGUAAAUCCAAAGGAAAAUGCAUUGUUAAAAUCAAUCUUGAACGUUUUUGAUAUGAAUUUUGUAUACUGUGCAUUUCAUUCUUACAAUAUCUAAUAAACAACAGGAAGUCUUAUUUUGUUACAAUUAAUUUUGCUAUCAUUGCUAGAGUAGCUUACUGCCAUGUGAUGGAACACACUAUAUUUACUAAUAUUUUUCUUCAGUGAUGCACAUAGGUAAAUUUAGAGUUUGCUGAUAUCACAAGUAGUACAUCAAGGAGACUUGCUUAUGGAUUUUUAAAAUCUAAGUUUUUCUGAUUUCAUCACAUCACAUUCUUCAGCCUCAGAAAUGCAAAAUUUAUCUAUGUAAUUUUAUUCAAACAAAAAUUUGGAAAACACUUAUUCAUCAAACUGCAACAACACAACUCUGACACUGUCAUACUCUUUGUCCUGGAAAAAGAAGGGAAAAAGAAGGUGAAUUUCUGCACAUUCUCUUUUCAUAUUUUUUCCUAGAUUAAUCUUCAGUUUGACUGCACUGUGUAGACUAUGUUUUGAGUAAUUGUUGUGUGGUGAUGAUUGUCCUUCAGAAACUAGGGCCAAAUGUGUCUUUAAGCUCUACUUGUUGUUUGUGUGGUCCCUGCUCACUUUGUAGAUCACAUUUGUUUUUCAAAUCUGUCUUCUAAUUAGCAAGAAGGGGUAAUCUGGGAGAAGUCCAUCCUUUGGAAAUCCAGGGGGAAAAAAUGCUGUUUAUAAAGCAUUGAGUAGAGUUAAGUCCUUGACACCAUGUGCGUAAAAUCCAUGCUUUGGCAUUUUCAAAGGAGAAGUUCAGCCUUCCUUAGUUUACCAGCUGGUCGAUGCCAUUCUAGAGGGAUGGAAUUAAUAAGAAGAGAUAUUUCUUUUGCUCUCAACCAAGAUGAGAUUUGUUGUGAAGUUACAAACACCACCACGAGGGACAGAACUAGAGCAGGAAUUAGGCCAACUAACAUUUUUCCUUCUGCUGAGUGUGGUCCCUCUUCUGGCCACUUAAGCAGAAGUUUCUAGCAGCUUAAGGCAGUAAGUCUGAAAAACAUUUGAGAUCCAAACUUUCAGCUGUUGGUUAAAGAGAAAAGUUAGUGCAGGCAGCAAGCGCAGAAAGCUGGCAUUAUGUCUGGUAACCAUAAUCAAAUGCUGCUGCUGCUGCUACUUCAGCAGUGAAAUAAUAAACAUCAUGCUAAGUCCCUACUUCUGCUCUUGCAAACAUUAGGCUUAUGCCAGGAGAAACAAGGGCAAAGAUUCAGACUGCCUCUGACGUGGCAGGGAAAGCUGCCUUAUUCCUGCCUCCAUGUUAAAUUCCUUCACACUUCCUCAGCCUGUGUUUGUUCAAAGCAACCCAGGUCCUUACCAUGUAUUUACCUUACAAAGCAGCUCAGCUGGAAAAAGAUCUGCCCUAUUUGUACUUCCACAUCUUUGGAAACCAAAGGGACCUCAGUGUGAGUUUCAUCUGUCCCUUCCAUGCUGGAAGUGCUUGGGCUGUGUAAACAAGGACCGAGACCUAAAACAAUUUUAUUUUCUUUUUAUUAAGUCCUUUUCUUGAAACUGACCUGCUUGAAACUGAGGCUUCUUUGGAACAUUUCUUUGGAAGUCUCAGAACUUUAUUCCACCCCAAUAACUCUGUUCUCCUCAGAGGCGUUUGCAUGAGUGAAGUUUCUUCACAGGACUGAUUCCUAGUGUUGGGAGGGAAACAUCACAGGCUUGUGUUUCAUUAAAUCUAGGAAUUAAAAUCUUUCUAAUCCUAGGUGCUUUUCCAUCUUUGAAUAGAAUGUUUUGUAUUUGAGUGUGGAAACAUUGGUUGGUUGGUUGUUAGAGUUCUGAUUGCCCAUUUCCAUCUCAUUAAAAAAAAAAAAUUAUUUGCAUUACUGCCAGUAAGGUUACCCAGCCUUGAUUCACAGGAAAAUAUGAGAUUUGGCAGCUGGACUCUUGAAUAUUGUGGAUAUUGACCCUCAAGGAAGGCCUUUAAGAAGAAAUACAAUGAUAUAAAUUGGGUUUUCUAAAUGUUCACUCUCUGGGGUUGUUAGUACAUGACCUGGAGUUGGGAUAAUGGCCUCUUGAGUAAUGCUUCCUCUAAUUAGUGAUAGGGCUGCCUGGUGGUUUGGUAAAUUAAUCUGAUAUAUUGGCAUCUGCUGGGCUCCAGUUUAAUGUGAAUUGUUAGUCACAAGUUAAAUAGCUUACACCCCCUCAGACAGCUCUCAAGUAUGCAGCCCAUGAAGUCAGACCAAAAUCAUUCAAAAAAUUUUGCCCUCACUCUUAUCUCUGCCCACACCACCAUGUCUCUCCCCCGUACAAGUGGCUAGUUAUGAAUAAUUAAAAUGAGGUAACAGCUGCUAUGCAGAUGGUGGCUUUUUGCAAAAGUCCCCUCCUAGUGUGAUGGAGACAUCUAACCUCUUUAGAAAUAGUACCUGACAGACUGCCAUCCCCUCAGAUCUGCUUUCUGCCUAGACUUCUGACCAAGGCUUUGAUCAUGUCACUUCACAUCAGCUGUUUAUAACAUAGAUAUCUGAAUUAACUCAGGUGUCCAGGCUUCAUCUGUCACCAAAAAGAGAUACAUCCAGAGAGUGACUCAACCCGUCCUAAAUUAAGUGUCUAUGAUUGAUAUGGUGAUUUAUCCUCCAGAUGUACCAUCUUUCUUUUUCACUGUGGAAAGAACCUGGAAGGUAAAAUAUGGCUAGGUAAUUUGCUUUUGAACUAUUAAAAUUAGUUGGAAUUAAUGGAAUUAUCUUUAAUGGCUAAAGAGAACUCAACAAGCUCAAAAAUCAGCUAAGCUGAUAGUGAUUACGGCAUGUCUUAUCUGACCUCCUCCUAUGACGUGAUUAAUGGUAAUAUUUUAUUUGUAUGAAGCUGAGUUGAGUGUCAUUUGUCAUUUGUCUUAUUUGGUGUUUCCUGUAUAUCUGUUUGGUGUUUUCAAGUAUACCUAUUUUGUAUAACACCUAUAAAACUAUCCCUGUAUCUCUAGAACUGAACACAGACAUCAUCAUCAGCCAAACCUUCAAGAUGGAAAAGCACAGCUGAAUUUGAAAAGAUAUCAUGUGUUUAUUUCUAUGACAGUGUCUUCUGUUAGCUGGAAAAGAUCUAUAAGGUGGGUGAAUUUUAAUAUAUUUCUGUUUUAUAGACUUUUCGUUGUGUAGAUGUUGGCUUGAGAGCUGAAGGUGAUUUGUGAUCUUCCUUUCUAAGCUUUUGGCUUCCAAGAUAUUUAAGGUAUUAUGAUUCUUCAGAAAAUAGUGAAACUCCUCUAGGAGAUAUAAAUAAAUGCUUAUUGUAUCUACUUGGGACAACUUUGAAUGGAAAAAAAAAAA